CUUCGUACAGCACCACUGUUGAGGCUGAGAGACCAGCUAAGCUCUCUCUUUACCCUUAUGCUUGUGACUUGACACAACAACCAGCUUGCGCCAGCUUGCGCGGCAAGACCAGGCAGAGACACGUCGUGUCUUGUCCGCUAUCUUGCGUGUAAAUUCACCCACGCCGGCCUUACUCGAAUCGUCGUCUGUAUCGUCUAGAUCGUCUACAUUUUUUUGAACUUCGACUGGCGAUUCCUUUUCGAGUGAACGAGGUGCUGCGGCGGCCAGAGGGGCUGGCGUAAGCCCUUCCUCAAGACAAAAUAUUGGGUCGCCCUUCACUUUCCAUGACGGUCCUGAAGAGCCCGCACCUGGACCCUCGAUGGGUGCUAGGGAUCCCUCACCUUCUCUUUCCGAUAGCCGUUUAAUAAGAGGAGCGCCCCAAAAUUACCCAAAAUGCUCCCCAUGCGAGUCCGCCGCUACCGGUCCUCGACAUCGGCGUCGAAUCUCCAGACUUCCAAAGCCGCCGACGUGCUCCGUGGCCUUCUCGGGACCCUAGCGCAGGCGGCGGCCUCGUGCCCUGCUGGUGCAUACCCGCAAAUCGACCAUCUCCUCGACCAGCUUCGACAGAUCCACCAGCAUGUCGACGCGUUGCCACCUCCGUCCCAAUCACAAGACGACUUCCGCCAUCUUCACGGCUUUCAGACCCUCCUGAACGUUCUUAGAUCGUUCUCUGGCUUCUACAGCCUGCGUAAGCGCAGCGGCGCCGAAAAAGAGAGCAUUUUUGACUUAGUACACAUGGUGCUGGCAACUCUCUCGGCAGCUUUCCGUGGCCAUCCCGGAAACAGGCGAUACUUUCAGGACAUAGUCGAGGGCGGGGGCUGGGAUGCUCUAGAGCAGAUCAUCGCCAGCAUUGGCGUGGGAGGAGGCGACUCGGACCUGUGGACCGAGUGUCAGCUGUUUGGGAAACUGCUUUCCUUUGCCCUGGACGACCAGCGUCUGGAUGAGCUCUGCCGCUCGGUGGCCCCGUGCGCAACGCCAAGCACUUCGACAACGCGGGCCGGGGAGUUACAGGAGCCGGAUGCUUCGCACAAUGACGAAGGGAGUGCCGCUUACAGCGUGGACCCCGUCGAGGCGAGGCUGGAAGAGAUCAUUGGGCCGACGACGGUUAUCCAGAACGCUGAAAUCGUUCGCGCUGUUGUCGCCUUUUGGGAAUCCAUCUCAAGGAAUCAGAGUGAUCAGACAAGCCUUGCGUCGGUGAUAGUAUUGACGACACUGUCGUCUGUUGCAUCUGCUUCCUUGUUCAACCUCAGUGCUUUGCAUGGGACUGGCAUGUUGUCCAGGCUGCUGCGCUUGCUCUUCGCCGAGGACAGCGUCCUCACUAAGUUUGAGAGGGAAAAGGCUCUCACACUAUGCAAGUCCCUGAUGUACCUUGGCUUAGACCACUUAGCAGAUGCCCAGUUCUUGCUGCGUCGCCAGGAUGCUGCCACCUCCGAGUUCUGUCUGGAAAUGACAGAAAAAUACACUGGCCCUCCAUUUAUCCAGUUCGAUCUCUCCCUUCAUGGCCACGCAUCCCUCGAGUUGCCAAAUCUUGGGAGAUCAUUCCCUCCUCAAGCAGCUCCUGGAUACACAUUUACCGCCUGGAUCCGCAUCGAUCGAUUCGACCCCCAGGCACACACAACGCUUUUCGGCGUCUUUGACUCUACCCAGACUUGUUUCCUUCUGGCAUACCUCGAAAAGGACACGAGGAACUUCAUCCUUCAGACAUCCAUCACGUCUCCGCGCCCGAGUGUUAGGUUCAAGUCAGUGGCGUUUAGAGAAGACCAAUGGUACCACAUAGCGCUCGUUCACCGCAGACCCAAAACCAUGGUGGCUAGUAAGGCAAGCCUCUACGUCAACGGCGAGUUUGCUGAGCAGAUACGCGCAGCUUACCCAAGUCCGCCGCCCGUCUCCGGCGCGGGCACGGAAAGCUUCGUGUCAUUCGCGUCGAGCAGCGGUAGGACAAACCCGGUCCAGGCAUUCUUGGGCACGCCCCGCGGCCUCGCAGCACAACUCGGGCCAGGCUUGGUGCAGUCCAAGUGGUCGUUGGCCUCGGCGCACUUGUUCGAGGACGUCCUGAGUGAUGAUCUCCUAGCAGUAUAUUACCGCCUUGGCCCUCGCUAUCAGGGAAACUUCCAGGAUUGCCUUGGCGGCUUCCAGACUUAUGAGGCCUCUGCUGCCCUUGGGCUUCGGAACGAAGUCUUCCAUCCGGGCAAGGAUGAAAACUCCGACAUCCUGAAGGCCAUCAGGGAUAAGGCGAGUACCAUUCUGCCCGAGCACAAGGUCUUGCUGAGCGCUUUCUCGCGAGCUGUGUUCUCCGCUGAUGGCAAGUUCAUGGAUUCACUUCUCUUCCGAUCGCUGUCGAAGGAUUCGGCUAGCAGCUUGUUCCUUGCGACAACCAAGACUGGGACCGCCGUUUCUAUCAACGGCGCUGUGCCUUGCAUUAAUGAUGCUCUCAUCAGGUCGAAUGGCGUCUCAAUCCUCACGGGUGAUCCUGUCGUCAUCACCCCUUACCAUUUUGACGAUAAUCUAUGGCGCCUCGGGGGUUUUACCCCAGUCGGCCUCAAGCUCGUCGAGAGGUCGUCCACCUCUGAAGAGCUGCUACGGUCUGUAGAACUCAUGUUCCAUUGCAUCAGCAACAGCUGGAGAAACAGCGAGGCGAUGGAGCGAGACAACGGCUAUGCCAUCUUGUGCAUGUUGCUUCGGGCCAAACUCGGAUAUGGCUCGUCGGGCCCUGACAGCCAGUCACAGUCAUGGCGUCUCGCGCUGACGAACGAUGCAAGAGACCGGCUCAGCUUCCAGCUGCUCAGUCUGGUGUUGCAUUUCGUCGGGUACAACCAUGCAGACCCGAUUGAAUCCUUUAUUGUCAAUCCCCUCGCCUAUCGCAUCCUCCUGAUUGAUGCCGACACUUGGCGAAGGUCGUCGCCCCUGGCUCAGGAGCUCUAUUACAAGCAGUUUGUAACAUUCGCCGUGAAGAGCAAACAUCAUCAAUUCAACGGCCGCCGUUUACUUCGAAUGCGUAUCAUCAAGAGGCUGUUGGACGCCUUGAAAGCGGAGACCAUCUCCGAGGAUAUUAUGCCUCACUUCAUGGCUUCCUUUGAAAGUCUCGUCAAGUGUAACUACAAUGCCGAAGUGCACCGCUCCAUUGCCCUCUUCAUAACUUACGCUUUCCAUACACCUCCUGGUCCUGUAUCGCGAACCCCCAAGCCUGCGUCCGCAGGCAGUCGGUCAGGGACCCCUGGCCUUGGGGUCCUCCGCCGACCUACGGUCGAUAUGAGCUCGUCGUCCGCAGCUCCAGCCUCAAAAAUGCUCUCGAAGAAGCAGCUGGGCGUCAGGAUCCUGGAGAUGUAUACACGGCUUCUCUGCGACAAGACAAACCUGACCGAUAUCCGCAAAUUCGCCAAGACGGUGACUAACAAGUGGCUACUCUACCUCCUUGCAGAGAAUGACCCGGAAAUCGUCGUCUAUGGUUGCAAGAUCCUCGCUCGCCUCUUAGUCACGCAGCCGCCGAGUUACGCCGCCAAGUUUGCGACUAAGACCGGCGGAUUUUGGAUCAUGGCAUAUCGCCUAAAACAGUGGUGGGACAUUUCAACACUCUGGCCGAUAUUAUUCAGCAUCCUCUUUGGCUACGACGUUGCCAACAUUGACUUUGACAAGUCGUUUGAUUUCUUCAGUCUUUUGGAGCUUUUUGGAACCAGCCGGAUUGUAUUCCCCGACGUGCUAUCCGUCAUAACCUCGAUGAUCCAGCACGGUCUUCGGGACAUUCUCAAGUAUCAGGAUGAUCCAGACUCACCAGCUGGCGAUCCAGCUACAACGAAGAGCUCCGUGGAGGGCCUCGGCGUUGCCCAGACAAGACCUCGUGCCCGGUCUAUGGAGCUGGGCCAGGCGCUUGAACCAAGAAAAUCCCAGCUGCCUGACAGAGAGCGCGUAGCGGCCAACGCUGCCGUUCUUCAAACGGUUAUCCGUUUCUUAGCAGACAUGCACGGCCGAUCGAUCAAUUUCAGGGACUUCUCUUUAACCUCUGACUAUGUCCGCCACCUCUUCUCGGCCUUGUACCCAAUCAUUGUCAGUGCCGAUCCUGUGACUCCAGAGACAGAACUCAACUCAAAAGACCUCACUUUUGAGGGGAACGACGUCAUCAUCCGGCCAGUUCCCGGCUCCUCGUCCACGGCGAUCCCGAUAGUCAGGACGGCAACUGCAGCUCCAGCAGAUUCCGCUCUACCCUCAUCAAGCCCGGGACGGGGCACUCCUCUUCGGCGGCCGUCAUCUUUCAUCUUGGUCACGGCACAACAACCACGCCUGUCUCCGACACCCGCACGGUUGAACCAUGUCAUGUCGCCCAAGAAGAAGGUCACCGCGAGGAAUAUCAGUCAUGCUGUACUAGAAGGGAUUCUCGAACUCGUCAUCGGCGUGUUCACCGAUCAGAUUCUUGUCAGAAAAGAAUUUCCCGGUUUCGGGUUGUUCUUGAAGGUUCCUCCGGGAUUCCAAGAACACCGGGCAUACUUUGAAACCUAUAUACUGCGGAAUGUCGUCACGCACUUGAAGAAUACCAUUCAGCUAGAUUACAAAGUCCUUUCUGAGCCGAAGGUCCUACAGAACUUGGCACGCCUCAACCUCCACAUGGUGGAAGCAGUAUUCGAAGGAUGGUUCAUGAACGGAGCUGAGACGAUGAUUGCGUUCACAGGAACCGUGCUGGAAUAUCUGCAGCGACCCGAGGUAUCGUCGUUGAAAAGCGUCCGCCUUUGUAGCUCUGCGGUUGCGACCAUUCGCGCUUCUUUUUUGAAAUUCACCCUGCUCAGGCUCUCGGAUAUGGACGACGCUGAAACUAAGGACUCUGAGGCUCUGUCUACUAUGGAGCAAUUGCUUUACUGGCAAACCGUGUUGCUAGGCUGCCUGUCGGUGGAGGACGACUACAUGAAACUGCUGUGGUACCAACUUUAUAACAAGCUGGUCGACAAACGUCACCACAUUUGUCUCGUCGCCGCAACGCUCUGGAGGAUAAUGCUUGUCCAGAAGCCCGAAGAGUCCUCGACAAUGUUCCGGCACUCAAUAGCACCGGACCAACAGUCUCUGGCUAGGGGCUUUCAGAAGCUAACUGAGCUUGAUGAUUUGUCCUUUCUCGACUGGGUUAACCAACACCGGCCAUCGCUCGACAUGUUAUUUAGCGGCGGCAUGUCGAAAGCUUGGGAGGAAUUUGUUGCCUCUGAGAAUCAGCGCACCGCUGACACUGCUAAGUUAAGGCUCAAGAGCCGAAAGGAUAAGUUAAGACAGUGGCACACCGAAUCGCUUGAGCGAGACAAUGUCCUCUUGCGCCAUGAUAUGGCAAACAGUGCGUGGAUGAAGAGCAUCUACUUCACAGAGCAUUUCAAGCAUCAGAGGCUCUUGCAAGACCAGCAAGAUGACAACGCUUUCAUGGCUUCCACGUUUGCAAAGAUGGAGCGAAAUUUGCACCGCCCAGGCGCCGUGUUCAGCGAGUCCCAAGCCAUCAAAUGGAAGCUGGACCGUACAGAAGGUCGGAACCGCAUGCGUCUUCGCCUUCUUCCGGAAUAUCCUAGACAGCAGCAGCAGGAAUUUCAGCCGAAGCGGAACAGCGCUCAAACUACCAUCUCAAAGCCUGUCCCCUCCGUGGGCAGCAUGCCGCUGACACAGGUGAGCGGGGCCGCACAGUCGGCGUCAACGACUGCUGUGGAGGCUACAAACCAGGGAACCAUGGGAGAUCCCGAUAUCUCUGCAGAGCCGGAGAACGGAGGUGCGGACCAAGAGAGCGUCGCGGCAGAGGAAGAUUUCGAGCUGGUAGAGGAUCCGAACGAGCCAGAAGGAGACGACACCUUUGAAGACAAGAACCGAAAAGUGAUGAGGAGAUUGCGGCAUGGUGACGCGGUACAGAACGUCUUCAAUAUCUCUAGGAUCGUCGGCCUCGAUGCCUCGGAAGGCAUCUUAAUCAUUGGCAAGGAGGCCCUGUACAUCAUGGACAGUCUCUUCCAAAGUGCCGAUGGUGAGAUUGUCAAUGUCUGGCAGGCACCACCGGAAGAGCGCGAUCCAUUUUCAAUAAUCAUCACAGGAGACAAGCCCAGCGAGAGACGUCAGAACCAGAGCCGGGACCAAGAAUCACGGAGCUGGAGAUGGCAGGAUGUUCUCAGUAUAUCCAAGAGACGCUUUCUGUUUCGCGACGUUGCCAUUGAGAUAUUCUUUACCGACGGCCGCAGCUACCUGCUUACCGCUAUCAACCCUGCCAUGAGAGAUGAGAUUUUCUCAAGGCUCACGGCCAAGACUCCGCACACCAACAAUGUGAGCCUUCUGCCAAACCCGGAAGAUGCAUGGCGGCUUGAAAGUCUCAGGUUUGGCGAAGACACGCCACAGACACUCGGGGCUAAGUUUGGUAGCAUCUUCAACUCGGCGGGUUGGAACCCCAUGAUGAGACGAUGGCAAAGGGGGGAGAUUUCCAAUUUCCACUACCUGAUGCUUGUCAACACGAUGGCGGGCAGGACGUUCAAUGAUCUCACUCAGUACCCUGUUUUCCCGUGGGUGUUGGCGGACUACACUAGCGAGGAGCUUGACCUCAACAACCCUGCUACAUUCAGAGACUUGUCGAAGCCAAUGGGCGCGCAGUCUCCAUCUCGUGCGGCCGACUUUGCUUUGCGCUACAAGAGCUUGGCGGAGAUCGGUGAGACGCCCUUUCACUACGGGACUCACUAUUCGUCUGCCAUGAUUGUCUCAUCCUACUUGAUCCGACUUCCCCCGUUCGUCCAAUCCUUUAUCCUGCUCCAGGGAGGAACCUUCGAUCAUCCAGACCGGCUAUUCUUCUCGAUUGAAGGAGCCUGGACUUCCGCAUCACGAGAUAAUGGGUCGGAUGUCCGUGAGCUGAUACCAGAGUUCUUUUACCUACCGGACUUCCUGACCAACAUCAACGGUUAUAACUUUGGAGUCCGUCAGGGAGGUGGGGGCAGGGUUGACAACGUUGUACUGCCGCCGUGGGCGAAGGGAGAUCCAAAGAUUUUUAUCGCCAAGCACCGCGAGGCCUUGGAGUGUCCAUAUGUCAGCCAGAGGCUGCAUCAGUGGAUCGAUCUCGUCUUCGGCUACAAGCAACGGGGGGAUGUGGCUGUGGAGAACCUCAACGUGUUCCAUCCCCUAUCAUACAAGGGCGCUAGAGACUUGGAUAACAUCACUGACCCCCAAGAGCGGCUGAUAACAACGGGCAUCAUCCACAACUUUGGCCAGACACCGCAUCAGAUUUUUACGAAGCCUCAUCCGGCAAGGGAACACGAGCGAUGCCCCAUCAAACGGCUGGACACUUCUGUUCAAGCUUUGGCCAAGCUGCCGUACCCGCUUCUAGAAAGUCGAGAACGCGUAGCUUCGCUCAUCUAUGUGCCUAAGCUCGACCGUCUUCUUUGCUCAUCUCCAUUCCGUCUCAAUCUCUCGCCGCACUACGACAAAUUCUUGGAAUGGGGCUAUGCGGACAACAGCGUGCGGUUCUACUUCAGCGACAACAGAAAGCCGGCCGGGUUGUUCGAGAACCUGCACAUCGGCCAAAUCUCGACGCUCACUUUUGCCGACUCCAAGACACUCAUCACGGCAGGCGAGGACUGCGUGGUGUCGGUGUACAUGGUGCAUUCGGCCCCCGGAAAGUCCGUCGAGCUGCACCCGCGGUCAUCCCUCUUCGGGCACAAGACGCCCGUGACAAACAUUGCCGUCUCCAAGGCCUUCAGCACGAUUCUCACCGUCUCGCAGGACGGCGUUGCCUUCCUCUGGGAUUUGAACCGUCUCGAGUUCAUCCGCAAACUGCCCGUCGCGCGGCCCGGAGUGGAAUGCGCGCAGAUCAAUGACGUGACGGGUGACGUGAUGCUCUGUAGCGGCCAACAUGUCCUGCUGUACACCCUCAACGGCGAGCUCAUUUUGGACCAGAACGUCUGCAACCCCGAGGCCGCUCAGCCUCAGGAGUCUCAGACACAGACUCAUCACCAUGCCCGAGAUGACUUUGUGCACUCGUGCGCCUUCUACGAGGGCUCGGCGGGUGGCGCGGGCAACGAGUGGCUGGAGAACCAGCUCGUUUUUACGGGCCACAAGAGAGGAGUGGUGAACGUGUGGCGCAAGACGGUCGACCGAGGGACGGGGAAAUGGGUGCUCGAGUUUUUGAGGCGGCUCGAUCAUGUCAACUCCAAGAGUGAAACGGGGGCGAACGUCGAAGCGGCUAUCACGUGCAUUGCGCCGAUGGCAACGCUGGUCUAUACCGGGGACGAUGAUGGGAGGGUGUAUGAGUGGAAUCUGGUCCAGCGCGAGAGGUGAGAAGUGAAAAAGGGGGAGAGCAUUGGGAAACGGGCGGAUAAAAAGGGAACGGAAAAGAGGGGGAGAAAUGAAAGGAAAGAAAAGAGAUGGGUUGAAUAUAGAGCAGCGGAAAUGGACGCGGCGGAUGUCUGGAGGGUUGAGAAAGCAGCCCGGUGGCUGUUCUGUGAUGACUGUAUUGGAGUUUGGGCUGGCCCUGGCUUGCUGGCCGAUGAUGAGCCGUGCUUAGACGAGUUUUAUGCAUGCCGCCUUAGAAUUGAAUGCG